AUGGGAUGUAUCUAAGAAAAACAAAAGUCAACUGUCAAAAUAAUCGGUUUCUAGCCAGUCUAAAAUCGUCAAGAAACCAAGGAUCAUGUCAUUUCACAGGAAGACUAUUUGGAAUUGAAAAUAGCAAUCAUGGCUUAGUCUUUCAGCGACUACAAAACCAAAUAAGAAAAAAUCGCAAAUAGAUAGGGUCACAAUAGAAAAGGGUCUCAAGAAAUAAAGAUUACUAAGAACCAAUUAGCUAAUCCAAAGUACAACAAGGCUACUGAGCAGGCACUGAAUAAGAUCAAGCAUAAGCAGGAAAUCGCCUCUCAGAGAUCAUCUAAGAAGCAUAUUAUGGUAAUUACUGACAUUGACGAGAACGGCCAGAUCAAAUUAGCUGAAAGAGGCAAUAGCCUUAAUAAGAUUCGUUAAGCUAUUUCUACACAAAACAAAAAUAGCAGGUCAAUGAUUACAGAGAAAGUGAGUAAAAAUUAACAAAGAAAUGUUAAAUUUGCUUAAUCAGCUGAAGUCUCAUUCAGAGGUUAAAAGCUCAAUGUCGUGGAGGAAAGACUGACAGAAGAGGAUAUACUUUCGGAAUACGAACGUAAUUUUAUGUCGGUAAAAUCUGAUAAGUCCACAAUAUGUUCAAGUCUGACCAGCUAGAGAAGCUAGAAUCAGUAACAAAGCUUUGAAUCCUCUGCUGCAAAUAACACUAAUUCUGUUAAGAUUAUCCACAAUCACAGGUACAGUAUGAACAUUGAAAGCUAGAGCUUUCAAUUACAGACCAAUAUUUAUAAGAAGCCGUCCUACUGA